AUGCCCUCCUGCUUGCUACCUAAGAGUCACGCAGCGAGGGAUCAGGUUCAAGCUCGAGAUCUUCAAAACCGAGUCGAGAGGUUGGGGAGUGAGAUCUCUCAGCUCGAUACCUUCGGGUUCACUGUCGAUGCUGCGAAGAAAGGGAACAUCGGGAGGUUUAUAAACCAUAGCUGCUCGCCGAAUCUGUAUGCGCAGAACGUGUUGUAUGAUCAUGAAGACAAGAGGAUCCCUCACGUGAUGCUCUUUGCCAUGGACAAUAUACCUCCGCUUCAAGAACUACAAUUACAUGAUCGAUCAAGAAGAAGAUUUGCUACUGUGGUUCUUCUGAGUGUACCGUAUUGGCAAUGA